AUGGCCAAUGGAAGAAUAAACAUUUGCCUGGAGCCCUGCUCUGUUGUUGGUUAUGCAUACCAUGGCACCAGGCUGGACCGGCAUCUCGAUAUUGACCACCCGGAACUCAGCCAACAAGAAACAGACUUGUCACUGCAAGAAGUGAAACGCAAGGUGGGGCUUAAAAUGCUGAGGGAGCUCCGGGAGGCCGACCCCCCAGUACACAUGAUAACGACACUGGAUGUGGAAUAUGGUGCUGAUGAUGAACACCCAGACUCCUUUUCCGGGGAAGUUGACCUCGAAGCCGAUGAGCGAACAACAAUCAGACUGUUAGGGCUGGAAAACGUCGCACAAAAGGAGGCCCUCAAUAAAGAGGUGUGUUUUGUAAAAAAGAAGCUGAAGCACUUUAAGGCUUCCAGUGCCAAGAGGGACAUCCGCUGCUCCGGCAUAAGGUCCUCAGGCAGAUACACCCCCUUGGUUGAACUCGGCAGGCCUCAAUCGAAAGACGCUGGUGAUGAGGAGUCUAGGGGCGAAGGAUUACGGAGACCGAUGUCAGCCCCCCCCAGUGUAAACCAACUAGACUUGUCUCGGCGGCGAGCAACCAUGCCGAGUUCCUCGCGGGUGAAGUGCAAAUCCAAGAAGAAACACACAUCACAUGAGCAUGGUGCCAUCUCUAAGACGGCCCGUGAUAAGGGUCAGGGUGGUGUGGGAACCAGGCGGAAAUCAGCGACACCACGUCCAACAGGCAGAAGCAAUCCAGCCGCAACAGGCAGAUAUACCCCUGGAUUGCUCGAAGCUAUGGAGGACACCUCUGUGAACGCCAUAGGGGCCAAAGUGGCCCCUAGUGAUGAGCUGCAGGGGGACUGCGAGGACUCGGAUGACCAGGCCAUGGCUGACGUGGAUGAACCGGAGAUGGCAAUUGAAGUCACGGAGCUCCUCAUGGGUCAAAAGCAACCCAGCAUCCCAACUUUCUCCGGCAUCAUGGCUCCAGUGACACAGCCCACGCUCAGGAUCAACCGCCUACACAGUAGCAAGUUAAAUGCUGCGGCCAUUCGCAGUGCGCAAGCAUCCUCCACCACCACCCCUGUACUGCUCCGGAAAACCAUAGCUCGCCGCGCUAAACGGGCACUGGCCCCUGUGGCUGGGAAAACGUCACCCACACUUCCCAGGCCCUCUGGUUGUGGGCUGGCGAAUACAAUGUGGCACACAACCCUUCUACCCAGCAUGGACAUGACAGAGUACCGGGACUACAACGCGGGGAUUGAUCCAGACACAAAGUUGUCAGAAAAUGUGCAGCCAAAGGUGAAGAGAUACCAGGACCCAUCAAACCGGUACUACGCCAGCAACCCGGGGGUUAAGGAGGCCUUGGGCAUCAGACACAUGUUUACUGAUUCGAUUGCCCAGGCGACCAUGGAUGCACAAGCCGAGGCCGGGAUAGAACCUGAAGCAGCAGGUCCCUCCGCUGCCCCAGCUCCAGAGCCAGAGCCAAAGGCAAAGCGAAAGACAUCCUCCGCUCCAGCACAGCCUAAGGCAGGGCGAGCUCCAGCCCAUUGUCCCGAGUUCAGCAGCAGCGAUGAUGAAUUAAUUCUGGUUUACCAUGAUACCACCAGUGAUCCCUCGGAGGAUGAAGCCGAUGCAGAGUUCCAGGCUGGGUUGCUGGAGCGGGCGAAUAAACGGGAGAAAGAACCGAAUGAGACUCUCCUCGAUUCUGCUGACGAUGACAGUGACAGUUCCUUAGAGUCUAAGGCCAGGAUUGAGCCUGCUCCCCUUGCACG